ACGCCGGAACUUAACUGAACUUAUCCAUCUGGUUUGGUUGGAAAGAACAGAGGAUUGAUCAGUCAUAACUCAUAACUCAUAACUCAUAACUCAUAACAUUAGAUGGCGGCCGAACCAAAGAAGAUCAUAAUUGAUACUGAUCCUGGCAUCGAUGAUGCUAUGGCAAUAUUUCUUGCCCUACGAUCACCGGAGGUGCAAGUAAUUGGACUUACAACCAUUUAUGGAAACGUUUACACCACCCUGGCAACCAGAAACGCCUUGCAUCUGUUGGAGGUUGCAGGGAGAACUGAUAUACCGGUUGCUGAAGGAUCUCAUGUCACAUUAACUAAAGGAACAAAACUUCGCGUUGCAGAUUUUGUCCACGGUGCUGAUGGACUUGGCAACCAAAAUUUUCCUCCGCCAGAAGGGAAGCCCAUCGAAGAUUCAGCUGCUGCUUUUUUGGUUCAACAAGCAAAACUUGACCCUGGCGAAGUCACUGUGGUGGCCCUGGGCCCACUUACUAACAUUGCUUUGGCCAUACAGCUUGAUCCAGAUUUUGCCAAGAACAUUGGGCAGAUUGUUAUACUCGGUGGUGCUUUUGCAGUAAAUGGCAAUGUGAAUCCAGCCGCGGAAGCCAAUAUAUUUGGUGAUCCAGAUGCUGCAGAUGUUGUGUUCACAAGUGGAGCGGAUAUACUAACAGUGGGGAUAAAUGUUACCCACCAAGUUGUAUUGACUGGUUCUGAUCGAGAAAAGUUGGCAAGUUCAAAUGGAAAAUUCGCUCAGUACUUGACCAAAAUCCUCGAUCUGUAUUUCUCGUAUCAUCAUGAGGCCUACAACACCGACGGGGUUUACCUUCAUGACCCCACAGCAUUUCUUGCAGCUGUUGAUCCUACUCUUGUAACCUGCAUGGAGGGUAGUGUUAGAGUUCAAACCAGUGGCAUUACACGGGGUCUUACAAUACUGUACAACAAACAGAAAAGGUUUGGUGAAAUCACUGAAUGGUCCAAUAAGCCCACAGUAAAGGUAGCUGUGACUGUUGAUGCUCCUAGAGUUGUAAAAAUGAUCAUGGAUCGUCUUGUGGAGUCUUGAAGAAAACCUUUCACAUAAAACUAUAUAUUUAUUUCUAUCUAUUUGGAGGAGGAUACAAUAAGCUUAAAGCAAAAUAUGUCUAUGCUGCUUCAUUUAAUCCUCAAGUUAUAUUUUGUGCUUUUAGGUGCUGGGCACCACUAUGUUAAUCUCAAAUUCAGGAUGAUACUCGAGAGGAAGUAGCUCUAUUGAGUUGUUCAUUCUUGCUCUCCAAGCAAUGCAGCAUCUUACUCACUUUUUGUA